AUGACCAAGGAGACCACCCCUCCUCCCACCACUACCACUACCAACGAACCUACAACAACAACAACUCACGAACCCCCCUCCCUCCCCGCCUCUCCCCUCGCCAAACGCACCAAACCCAACACCGAUACCACAGACACAACUACAUCAUCAACAAUGGGCUCAACCAGCACCCCCCUCCCCCCCCUCCAAGUGAAGAAGCUCACUCCCACGGGCCGCGCCCCGACCCGCGGCUCUGCCUUCGCGGCCGGAUACGACAUGUACAGCGCCAAGGAGACCGUCAUCCCUGCUAAAGGGAAGGCAUUGGUUGAUACGGGCAUUGCUAUUGCUGUGCCGGAGGGGACGUACGGCAGAAUCGCCCCCCGCUCUGGCCUCGCCUCGAAGCACUUCAUUGAUACUGGCGCGGGCGUCAUCGAUGCAGAUUACCGGGGAGAGGUCAAGGUUCUUUUGUUUAACCACUCGGAUGUGGAUUUCGAGGUGAAGGAGGGAGAUCGUGUUGCGCAGUUGGUUUUGGAGAGGAUCUAUACCCCUGAGGUUGUGGUUGUGGAGGAAUUGGCAGAGAGUGUUCGUGGGGCUGGUGGGUUUGGAAGUACUGGUGUUUAA